CUUCCACACCCAGUCCUUGCAGUCCUGAACACCGGAGUAUCGCUAAGCUAAGCACUCGUAGACUUGCUUCUUUGGGUAUUUUUUGGAGAGCAGUUGAAAGAUUUCAAAGCUACUUCGAGCCUGAGAUUGCUUUCAUCCGCACCUUGACCUCUCCUCUCCCUCUCCCUCUCCCUCUCGACCUCGUCUGGACCUGCAGCCCGAAAGCUCCACUGUCUAUUUCGGCCGAACCACACCGCGCAAAAGGCACAUGCACAGAUACGGGUGAGGGAAGUAGAGAAAUAAUACUCUGCGGCCUUUCCAAGCUUGCUUCUGCAGCUACACCUACACCAUACACUUCUCGACACUCAACCCCUGCCACGGGACAUCUGAUCUUGCAAGAAGCAAUCUACCUUGCGAAGAGACAAGAGGGCAUAUAACCCUCCGAACACGCCCCAUCCCACCCCCUCCAGCUCCUACCACCACCUCCUCGCAAGAUGCGGCCCUCUCUUAUUCUCCGAGCAACCCAGCAACGGGUCCCCAUGAUCAAAUUUAUCGGCAAGCGAACACCACCCAAAUCCGUAGACCACACCCCUCAUGCUCAUCCAGCUUCACCCACACAUACUCUGCCUGACAGCUUCGCCCAGUACCGGUCCAAAGCCCAGCAACACGGUCCCUUAGGGGGAGGGAACGGCAACGGAGGCGGCGCUCCUAUCUCCUCGUCGCCCUUCGCAGCUGCAACCUCCGGCCCGAUGACAUACGGUGCUGUGGGCGGCGCACCCGGCCGGUCACUUGGACCCGUGCAGCCCAAGGAUGGUGAAUACUUCGACAGAAAUGAGUUGCCCAAGAGAUUUUGGCGGACACAAUGGUCAGAGGAGGAGAUCGAAGCGGUCAGCAGUGGCGGGGCGAGCAUGUUCGGCUGAGGGACUGCGAAAGGGCAAGGCCAUGGAUUGAGACGACAAAAGAGCAGGGGCAAAUUUCCAACACGCGGAGUCGAGAUGCGCAGCAAGUUCGACACGGUUAUGAAUAAAGAGUUAUCGACAUCAGUUAUAGACCGGCAUCGACGGACGAGACAGACAGGAGCGACUGCGGGAGCAAGGGCAGGCCUUGAGGGAUUUGCGAUUCUCAACCCUGCCCAGGUCUCUCCACUCGAAUUCCGUGCUGAGCGAGGAGGUGUUUGAACGUUCGACUACAAGGAGAAGGUCGUUGUCGGUGCGGUUAUCCUCCGCCUCACAUGCUGAAGUAUUUGCAGAUACAUACUUGAUCGUCGAGGCUGUACAUAUUAGCAAGCGACCUGCAUUAGCAUAGUCGAAUAGACCCUCUACCCACAUCGUGCAUGAGUUCUUAGAUACUGUACAUACAUAUUUCUCGUUGCCUUACAACUUUACAAUUGGCUAGACCCUGUUAUCCUCCUCGGGUUGCCUCCCGGUGUUGACUGUAC